GUUGAGAUUGAGAAACCGUAAUUGGUCAUCAAAUUCAUCAAAUAGGUGGGGUUCGUAAUCGGAUGAGUGUGUGUUAGGGUUUUAAUCCUCUUCAUUUUGGGUAAGAACCCUAACUGUUUGAUGCGGUGCAAGGUUGAGGCUUUAACCCUAACCCUCUCCAAUAAGGUUAAGAACACCAUUUCGAAGUGAUACUACAGAAUAGUUGUCAUUUUUUUCUGCAGAUGUCUUAAUUAGACUCUUUUAGAAUGCUAGUGAUUGCUUCGCUUUGAUGCUGUUGAUGUUAACCAAUGAGUUCUUGCUUGAAGUGGUUUCUGGUUUGUCGUAUGGCAUAUUGAGUUAGUUUCCCACAUAACGGGGUUUGAAGAAUUAGUUUAGGGUUUUCGAUCAUCUUCAUUUUGGUUCAGAACCCUAACUGUUUGAUGUGGUGCAAAUGUGUGGCUCUCAAUCCUAGCCCUCUCUGUUGGUGUUAAACCCCAUUUAUAACUGUUUGAUGUCUUAGUUGAACUGUUUUAGAAUGCAAGUUAUUUCCUUGCUUUGUUGUUGAUGGUAAAAAAUGAGUUCUUGUUGGAAGUGGUUACUGGUUACUAGUUUGUCUUAUGCUGUAUCGAGUUAGUUGAUAUUGAGUGGGGUUGAUGUUGAUGGUGUUCUGGUUUUUGGUAGAUCUUCUAUAUAACUUCCUAGUAAAGGUGUAAGUAGAAGCUUUAACUUUGAGCUUAUGCUUUUGGGGAUCUCUAGCUAUCUGGUAAAGGGAGGCUUUUAAGCUCAUGUUAGCUUCCGCAACGAAUGCAAGCUUCUGUACUAUAUAUCCCUCUAACAACUUCUCUCUAGUCUCUGCAGCAUAUUCAGAAGCUCCGAAUAGGAGCUUCUGCCUUUGGGGCUUAGAAUCUCUUUUAGCUUUGUGUUGCAACAGAAGCUCCGGACUUCUUUGUUUGUCAAAAGCUCUGCUAGAGGUGGCUGAUUCUAAAGGAAGUAGUAACGGGCCAAAACAAGCACCUAGUAAAUUUGAACAUUACGAUAUUGCUGAGUGCGUUUGUACUUACCAUAUCUCUUACAUGCAGAUGGCUAGAUGGGAUGAGAUUUUGACACUGCCAGUGCAGAACCCACCGACCUUGGAGUUCUCAGCUGCUGAUAUCACGUGGUCCAGAGUGGAAGGCUGGAGAGAAUCAAUGGAUAGGCUUGCACUCAUUCCCUUCACUAGAGUUAACGAUUUUGUAAGAGGCGAAUCCAACAAUAAGGAAUGUCCAACUAGAUUCCAUGUUGAAGCACGAAGAAGGCGCCCUCGGGAGAUGGCCUACAAACCAAAAGUAGAUGGGAUACUUGAAUAUAUUUUGUACUGGUGUUCAUUUGGCCCAGAUGACCAUAGAAAAGGUGGCGUAGUCCGUCCUAGCAGGAAUUACACUGCCAAGAGGAAGACUCCUGCUGGCCGCCCUAAUACUAAGAGAGGCUGCGUUUGCCAUUUUAUUGUAAAGCGCUUGAUAGCUGAACCAUCUGUCGCACUUAUAAUAUAUAAUCAUGAUAAGCAUGUAGAUAAAAAAGGUUUACCCUGCCAUGGCCCUAUGGACCAGAAGGCAAUUGGGACUCGCGCAAUGUUUGCGCCUUACAUAUCCGAUGAGCUUCGCCUCCAAAUAAUGUCUUUACUCUAUGUUGGAGUUCCUGUAGAAACUAUUAUGCAGAGACACACAGAAAUGGUGGAGAGGCAGGGGGGCCCGUCCAACCGCGAUGAUCUUCUCACACACAGAUAUGUUAGGCGGUUGGAGAGGAAGAUCAGACGGUCCUCCUUUGAGCUGGAUGCUGAUGAUGCUAUUAGUAUUGGCAUGUGGGUCGAGAAUUACCAGAACCACAUAUUCUUUUAUGAAGACUUCUCUGAUUCAGACACUUUUGUUUUGGGCAUCCAGACAGAAUGGCAGCUUCAGCAGAUGAUUCAGUUUGGUAAUCGCAGCCUGAUGGCUUCUGAUUCAAAGUUUGGCACUAACAAAUUAAAGUAUCCAAUAUAUAGCCUCCUUGUUUUCGACUCACAAAACAAUGCGAUUCCUGUUGCCUGGGUCAUAACACCAAAUUUUGCAAACGGCGAGAUGCAUAGAUGGAUGGGAGCCCUUUAUGACCGAGUUCAUUCAAAGGAUCCAACAUGGCAGUUAGGUGGUUUCAUUGUUGAUGAUCCUUUAGCAGAUCUGCUUACCAUCAGGGAUGUGUUCCAGUGCUCAAUAUUGAUUAGCUUUUGGCGUGUCCGUCAUUUGUGGCACAAAAAUCUGAUUGAGAAGUGCUCAGAAUUAGAUGUUUGUGCUGCAAUGGCCCGACAACUAGGAGGAGCAGUAUCCAAUAUAUGUAGAGGAAGCGGUAAUUUGGACUCAUUCAAGUCUUUCCUUGAAGAGUUUGUUGAUUGGCCAGACUUCCUGGACUACUUUACGGCUGUAUGGAUUCCCAGAAUUGGAGCAUGGAUUACUGCCUUGAAAACCCUUCCAGUUGCUAGCACAGAGGUUGCGGCAGCCAUUGAGAGUUAUCAUCACUUACUGAAACUUCGUUUAUUAAAUGAGAAAGAUACAAGUCUCUACCAGCGCGCAGACUGGUUGGUUGAUAAGUUGGGCACCAAGGUACACUCUUUCUAUUGGCUAGAUGAAUAUUCUGGCAAGGAUAAUUUUUCCCGUUAUUGGAAAGAUGAGUGGAAGAGUGGUGUAACUUCGUGGCGCGAGGGAUUGCAAAUUCCAGACUCAGACGUUACUAUAGAAGGCAAAUGCGCCAAAGUCGUUUGUAAAAGAAAUAGAGAAAAGACACAUAUUGUACGAAAUCCGGGUUCUGAGUUUGCAUUGUGUGACUGUAACUGGUCCAUGAUGGGAAACAUUUGCAAACAUGUGAUUAAGUCGACUAAGGUUUAUCGCGACAGGGGAUUGGCAGCACCAUCGACAAGUCUGUUACAAUAUAAUCAGAUUUUGAUGAAUAUUCUUCACUGCCCACCGUACGAUUCGUUACUUCGUGAUUAUGCAGUUGCUCUGGCUGUUUGUGGUAGGACACAAUUAAAUACGUUUCAUGAUGACAUUAGCAAUGGCUGUUCCGCCUCAACUGCAUCAAUUCACAGGGAGCAGCCAACUGGUAAUGAGCUCAGAUCAUCUGCCUCUGAUAGAAAUGAGAUUCAUCAAGUUAUUGAAACUUCAACAGAGUUGUCGUUGACUAAGCUACAAAUGGACAGCAAUACCGCUGUUGAAGGCAAAAGCACAGAGAAUGAAUCAGAAAACUCUCUUGACAGAAGCAAAGAUUCAGAAAGCGCUGUUGCUGAUCAGGUUGCUGAUGAUGUGGUCGCUUCUGAACAAGUUAGUGAUGGUUGUCACAAGGAUUCUGAGACUGAGAGACCCAUGGAUAUUGAUUCGCACCGCAGCCAGGUCACUGCAGCUUCAAAUGGUGUUGCUGCAGAACAGUGUACAGAUGGUGUUGCUGUGGAACAGUGUAUGGAUGGUGUUACUGUGGAAGAGUCUACAGAUGGUGUUGCUGCAGAACAGUGUACUGAUGCUCCUUCUAGUGACAAGGGAACUAGUGGCACUUCAGAUACUCAGCUUGAACCUAUGGUUGUUGAGACUGCUGAGAUGCAAACUGGUUUGCAUGAGGGAGAUGACAAGAAAAUAAAUGAAGAUAGUGUCAAAAAUGUUGAUACUGAACAGAGCGAUAAGGUGUCGUCCAAUAUCAAGGUUGAUAAUAUUAUUCCAGAAAAUGUUAGUGCUGCGGGUCCGACAGUUGAAGUUGGAAUAGUUGGGGAAGAUCGUGUUGCUGAUCUUACUUCUAUUCUUGAUUCUAACAAUGCUAAUAGAGAUAUUUCUCCAACUAGUGAAGUUGGUGAUUUUAUGGAGUUAGAUGGUGAUAAUUCUUUGCCUUCUGAGGAAACUACUCACACCAUGCAGUUGACUGCUGACUGUUUAAAAGCCAAGCGGAGUUCAGAUAAUCACGAUGAUGUAAUGGACGCCCAAACCUCUUCAGAUUGUUGUAAUGAAGCAUCUGGCAUUGAUGAAAAAGGUGUUGAAGUGGUAAAUGGUGCUACUCCUGGUAAUGGUGAGAUUCCCAAUAAUGGCCAUCCAGUUAAUGAUGGGUCUCUAAUUAGAUGUUCAACUGUGGGGUAGUUGUUAACAGCUUCCCGUGUUCACCUUCAUUUUCUAUGGAUCUGGACCAGAGCAACCUAGUGCUUCCAUUUAUGGCUGAUUUAGCAGAGAAGAUCAUCAGAAAAGCUCAAGCUUUGCUGCUUUCCAAAUAAUGUAGUCAGUUUCACGGAUAUGAAUCUAAAUUGCCUUUUUGACUACUUUGCCCUUGGUUGGAGAUUUAGUUCAGGACAUGCAGAGGUUCUUAGGGCCGCACUACUGAAAAAAUGAUCGACAACGAUUUUGCUCGGCUCUUGUAUAUAAUGACCAGAACUGGAUAUUCAUAGAUUAAGAAAUGGCAUAGAAGUAGCAGCUUUGGUAUUGGGGAACACCUCACUCAAUUUUACUGGAACAAGCAUCCUUUACCUUCUCUUUUGUAUAUAUUGCAGACGCAUCUUCUCUGUUCAUUCGACUUCAGCCUUAUUGUAAUGAAGCUUUUAAUCUCCUUGUUUCCUUUUACACGUUGAUAAUUGCUCGACUAAUCACUCUAUUUCUUAGGAGAAAAUUGUUGGCUCCUAAUGUUUAGAUAGAGGGUGAAUCAAUCAUUUUUCUUUCCUAACAUAGCAGUUGUAAUAAUGUGCUGUAUGGGAAUGUAUCUCAUCUUUCCUGCGAAUUCCUUCGCAGGCAGACAUUAGUAAGUUUUGGAUUCUCUUGUACAAAGACAACAAAUCUUAUGAGUAGUCAACUCCUUUUUUCUUGUGGCAAAA